CCGGGCCAGUCGGCUCCUUUUUCAAAUUGAGGCGCCGAGUCGUUGCUCGGUUUCCUGGGCUUCGGGCGGAGACUAGGUUUGUGAUUCCAAGGCUCCGGCUGGUGCGGGGCCGACGCCGCGGUCAGUCACGGUGGCCGUGACUGGUGGAUAGCAGUUUCCGCGGGCACGCCAGCACCCGGCAGGGGAGGAGGGCACCUAGGUCCGCGCCGGCCGCCCAGCCGCUCCACGCCCCACGGCGAGUCAGUGACCCGGCCUCAGGGGGCAGUCAUGGCGUCUCAGCCGAAUUCAUCUGCGAAGAAGAAAGAUGAAAAGGGGAAGAACAUCCAGGUGGUGGUGAGAUGCAGACCAUUUAAUUUGGCAGAGCGGAAAGCUAACGCCCAUUCGGUUGUAGACUGUGAUCAUGUGCGGAAAGAAGUUAGCGUUCGAACUGGAGGACUGGCGGACAAAAGCUCAAGGAAAACAUACACUUUUGAUAUGGUUUUUGGAGCAAAUACUAAACAAAUUGACGUUUACCGAAGUGUUGUUUGUCCAAUUCUGGAUGAAGUUAUUAUGGGCUAUAAUUGCACUAUUUUUGCAUAUGGCCAAACCGGCACUGGAAAAACCUUUACAAUGGAAGGUGAAAGGUCCCCUAAUGAAGAGUAUACUUGGGAGGAGGAUCCUUUGGCUGGUAUAAUUCCACGUACUCUUCAUCAAAUUUUUGAGAAACUUACUGAUAAUGGUACUGAAUUUUCAGUGAAAGUGUCGCUAUUGGAAAUCUAUAAUGAAGAGCUCUUUGAUCUCCUUAAUCCGUCUUCUGAUGUUUCUGAGAGACUGCAGAUGUUUGAUGAUCCCCGUAACAAGAGGGGAGUGAUAAUCAAAGGUUUAGAGGAAAUUACAGUACACAACAAGGAUGAAGUCUAUCAAAUUUUGGAGAAGGGGGCAGCGAAAAGGACAACUGCAGCAACUUUGAUGAACGCCUACUCUAGUCGAUCCCACUCAGUUUUCUCUGUUACCAUACAUAUGAAAGAAACUACAGUUGAUGGAGAGGAGCUUGUUAAAAUUGGAAAGUUGAACUUGGUUGAUCUUGCAGGCAGUGAGAACAUUGGCCGUUCUGGAGCAGUUGACAAGAGAGCUCGGGAAGCUGGAAAUAUCAAUCAGUCCCUGUUGACUCUGGGAAGGGUCAUUACUGCUCUCGUAGAAAGAACACCUCAUGUUCCUUAUCGAGAAUCUAAACUGACUAGAAUCCUCCAGGACUCUCUUGGGGGACGUACAAGAACAUCUAUCAUUGCAACAGUUUCUCCUGCAUCUCUCAAUCUGGAGGAAACUCUGAGUACAUUGGAAUAUGCUCAUAGAGCAAAGAACAUACUCAAUAAGCCUGAGGUUAACCAGAAACUCACCAAGAAAGCUCUGAUUAAGGAAUAUACAGAAGAGAUAGAGCGUCUGAAACGGGAUCUUGCUGCAGCUCGUGAAAAAAAUGGAGUGUACAUAUCUGAAGAAAAUUUUAGAGCUAUGAGUGGAAAACUAACUGUUCAAGAGGAGCAAAUUGUAGAACUGGUUGAAAAAAUUGCUGCUGUUGAGGAAGAGCUAAAUAGGGUUACAGAAUUGUUUAUGGAUAGUAAAAAUGAACUUAACCAGUGCAAAUCUGACCUGCAAAGUAAGGCACAGGAACUUGAAACCACUCAAAGACAUUUGCAGGAAACUAAAUUACAGCUUGUUGAAGAAGAAUUUAUCACCUCUGCUUUGGAAAGUACUGAGGAGAGACUUCAUGAUGCUGCCAGCAGGUUGCUUAACACGGUUGAAGAAACUACAAAAGAUGUAUUUGGUCUCCAUUCUAAACUGGAUCGUAAGAAGGCAGUUGAUCAGCAUAAUGCAGAAGCUCAAGAUGUUUUUGGCAAAAACUUGAAUAGUCUGUUUAAUAACAUGGAAGAAUUAAUUAAGGAUGGCAGCACGAAGCAAAAGGCCAUGCUAGAAGUUCACAAGACCUUGUUUGGUAACCUGCUGACUUCCAGUGUCUCUGCAUUAGACACUGUUACUACAACAGCACUUGGAUCUCUCACGUUGAUUCCAGAAAACGUGUCUACACUUGUUUCUCAGAUUUCUAAUAUGAUAUUGAAAGAACAGUCGUUAGCAGCAGAAAGUAAAACUGUACUUCAAGAACUGAUUAAUGUACUUAAGACUGACCUCCUCAGUUCACUGGGAACAGUUUUAUCCCCCACUGUGGCAUCUAUACUGGAAAUCAAUAGUCAACUGAAGAAUAUUUUCAAGACCUUGUUGAUUGUGGCUAAUAAGAUAGAAGAUCAGAAGAAGGAAAUGGAUGGCUUUCUUAGUACAUUGUGUAACAAUCUACAUGAACUAAAAGAAAAUACAGUUUCUUCCUUGGCUGAAUCACAGAAGCUGUGUGAAAACUUAACUGAAGACAUGAAGAAAACAAAGAAAAUCCAAUCACAGGAACUUUACCAGUUAAUCAAUCUUUGGGAGGAGAGAUACUGUGAUUUGGAGAAAAAGUGUAAAAACAUCCAGAAACCACUUAGCAGUGUUCAAGAAAAUACAGAGCAGAAAUCUAAAGAUAUAAUUAGCAAAACAACUUCUCACAGUGAAAAAUUUUGUGCUGAUUUUGAUGAUUUGUCAGAGGAACUCAGACAUUUUAACCAAGAAGGUACAAAAUUGGUUGAAGAGUCUAAGAAACACUGUGAUAAACUCAGUAGCAACCUUGAAAUAAUUUCUAAAGAGACCGAACAGAGAUGUGAGGCUCUGAACACAAGCACACUUUGUUUUUCUGAACAGUGGGCAUCUUGGUUAAGUAAAAGGCAAGAGGAACUUCAGAAUUUAUUGAAGGUUGUAAACCAAGGCUGUGAGACUUCAAGUUUAGAGAUUACUGAACAAUUAAGUGGGCAUAAAGCAACUAAUGAGAACCAGCAAAACUUUUUUCUCAGUCAGAUAACUACUGAUGAAGAAGAACUAGCAACACGAAGUCAAGAACUUAAUAAAACCGUAAAAAUAGGUUUGACUAAGCUUCACUCCUUUCUACAACAGGAUCUGAAACUGGAUAUCCCAACAGGUACGACCCCACAGAGGAAAAAUUAUGUAUACCCAUCAACACUGGUGAGAACCCAGCCACGUGAACAGCUCCUUGAUCAGUUGAAAAUGAAACAGCCUGAGCUGUUAACAACGCUAAACUGUUCAGAAAACAACAAAGAGACUAGUCAGGACUUGGAUGAAGAAAAUGCGGUGCUGGUGCUCACUGUUGAAGAACCUCUAACUCAGGAACCAUCUGUAGAUACUAGUUUGGAUUGUUCAUCAAGUGGUGGGGUUCCAUUUUUCCAGCAUAAAAAAUCACAUGGAAAAGACAAAGAAAACAGAGGCACUAAUCCAUUGGAGAAGUCUAAAGUAGAAGAAAUCAUAGAGCAGUCUGUUACGAAGAGCAGAUUACCUCUACGAGCCCAGAACAACGUUUAGUUAACUUGAGGAUUGGUAAUUUUACUUUUUAAGGAAAAUGGAAAAUAAAACCUGUAACCCCAGAAUUUGAGCCUUGUGUGCAGAUUAAAAAUGAGUAGAGAAUAUCAAGGCAGUGCUGUAAAUGCAGUUGGACUCACUGUCUACCUAUCUUUCUGUCAUUGCUGUAGUUCCCUCUGUGUUAAGUUGGAUUUCAUUUGGGAUUUGCAUGGAGCAAAUAUGUGUUUCUACCUUUUGAUAUAAAAUAGCUCUUUCAGAACAAAUGAAAAAUGUUUUCUUGUAUAUUACUAAAUAGCAGAUAGAUAGACGCUGCAGUGUUCUUUUAGGCUUGAACUUAUAUAGGUGAAUAUCACCAGCACUUGGUCUUAGGAAGGCCAUAUCCUUUCUUUUCUUGCUAUGAUUGAAUUAUGUGUAUCUUUCCUUGCCUCCUUCCCUAGACUUUCUUAUUCUGCCUUCUCAGCUCACUUUCUCCCUUUUUGUCACCAAACCAUUUGUAGAGCUAGAAAAUGGUAUCUAUCCAUUAUUAUUAUGAGAUAGCCAGAGUUUUAUCUAGAAAUCUUUGACACUUUUCUGUGGUUAUCUCUAAAAUCACUGCCAACAGUAAACAUAACCCUGGAAAUAUCCCGUCAAUAUUUUUGUUUCCCCCUAGAUGUGAAAAAGCAUUUCAUUCCUUUAUGAGGCCUGACAUUAGCCCCUAUAGAGUUCACAAAAAGCCAUUCUCCCGGACUAUAGAUUGCUAUUAUGGGAGAAAAACCCUGAGUUCUGCUUAAUGGCUGUGUGACCCCGUUUUAAGGCCUAUGUCUUAUGCAAAAGGUCACGCUGAUUUAAGGGCUUUUUGAAGCUAUUGAUUAUGAGUGUAAUUUAUAUUCUUUUGUUUACUUGGUGAAACUUUUUGUUGUUCUUUGUAUAUAAUAAAAUAUGUGUGUAUAUAUUUUUCUCUACUGAAAUCUUAACCCUUAAUUGAAGGUCCCUGAUAUUUUUUGAUCUAGCAGCCAAAUUUCUGGAAGUUGGGAUGUUUCAGCAUGAAGAACCAGAGCACUUAGAAUAUAUGCAAAGAAUAAAUUUGUGCCCACAUCAAGUUAAGUGUAGAAAUUCAGAGUUUGAUUUUGAUAACUAAGUAAAACCAAGCCCUGUUGGAUAAUUAGAAAACGUGCUACUUCAAGGAACUCAAUUUGCCUUGCAGAGUAUUAAUUAUCUUAAUAAAAAUGAUCCUAUAAUUUCUCUGCAAAAUCAGAUGUCAAUACAAGCUAUGAAUAAUAUCUAAUAAAAAUAAGCUACCCUUGGUAAAUCCAUGAUUAAUAAAUUUGAUCUCUACAUUAA